UUGCCUCAAAAAGUACUACGUCCUAGCUCCGCCCCGUCGGUCCCGCCCCUUGCGCGCGCGCACCCGUGUCGCAUUCAGUCGCUGAAGCCCGGGCGCGCUUUCAGGACCUAAACUUUUAAACUCGUUCAAAGGACAAGAGAGAUUUUACAAUGUAGAAAAAGUCUUAAUCCGUUGUUGGUGAUCAAUAACCACCGAACAAAUGUUUUAGCAGAGUUGAAAAUUAAUUAGGGAAUUAUUAAAUGAUCUUAGUUUGAAUUCAGUGUUAACAACGCGAUUACUUCAAAGACAUUUUAAUAAAAAAAGAUAUAAGAGAAAAUAUGCCAUAAGAGGUUUAUGCAAUCAUUUUAACUAAUAUUUAAGUGUGCGAUUUUAACAGAUUAAUUAGAACAGACCUCGAAGAUCACAAAAAAGUAGAGCGUCAAAGUAUAUACCUAAAAGUUAUUAUCAUCAUGGAGUACAUUAGAUCGAACUUCCUCCUAGAAGAAGAGGAAAAAUACCAGCAGAGCUACGAGCAGCCACACUUUGAUGCAAUAUACCAGGAGACCUGGAACCAACAGGAGUAUCCCUACGCGCCAGUGGUUUGCGAUAGGGAGCAGUGGGAAUGGGGAGAGUGGGGCGAGUGGGGCCAGCAGGUGGCGGUCAAAGAGGAGGCUGAAGAGCACGCCGGAGUGAACGCGGAACUGCGGUCCCCGAGCCGCAAGGAGCGUACGGCGUUCACGAAAGCUCAAGUGAACAGUCUCGAGGCGGAGUUCGCGCGCGCGAACUACCUCACUCGGCUGCGGCGGUACGAGAUCGCAGUGGCGUUGCACCUCACCGAGAGACAGGUGAAAGUGUGGUUCCAGAAUAGAAGAAUGAAGUGGAAACGCACCAAGGGCACUGCGAAGUAUACAAAGAAGAAAGAUUAA